GCCCUGCGGGCCGCCGGACCCCGAGGCCAGCAGCGAGGUAAGGAGCGGGGCGGCGCGGCGCGGCGCGGGACCGAGACGCGCGUGGGGAGGGAAGGCCGGGCACCUGCCGCCGCCGGGAGCGGGACGGCCGGUGGCGGAGGGACGGCUCCUCCGGCCGCCGCCGUGCGGGGAAGCCGGGGGCGGUGCCGGUGCGGCGCUGCGGGGCUCCCGCGGCCCCACCCCGCUUUGUGCGGAGCUGCCGCCGCCAUCCGCGGGCGCGGGGACGGCGCGGGCUGCGUCCCCAGGGCGCGGUGUUCGGCUCCCGGCAUCACCGUGUGGCCGCGGCGGCCCUGCGCGGAGCCCGCCGCUGCAUCGGGGCUCCCUCGGGACGGGUCGGGUCGGGUCGGGUCGGGUCGGGGCGGUGUAACCCCGCCCGCCCGGCACCUGCUCGUCGCGCUGGCCGCCCUGCCCGGCCCCGCAGCGGUUGGGCAUCCGUAAACUUCGCCCGCGAUCCCGAGAGCAGCCCCGUGUAUGUGCGGGCGGCAGGUUGAACGCGGAGCCUUUGUUCCGGAGUCUUGGAAGUGCGGGGUGUGGGAUGUCAGCGCAGGCGGCACCGCACAGACGGGUCCCGUGGGUGGGUGCCGUGCCCCGCACGUGCUGGGGGGGAGGGUGACCGGAUUCACCGAUAGGCUCGGUUAGAUUAAGGUGAUACGACGCUCAAGGUCCAAACAUGAUAAUCGAUGUCAGUGAGAAUGUCUGUACUAGAAUGGUCUCAGAAGUACCGUCACUCUCACAGUUAUAUCUAAGCUGUGCGGCUGAACCCUGCGACUUUAUAAGAAACUGCAACAAACCUCGUGUUACUUAACAACUUCGAGAGGGAAAAAUAAAGAGAGAGAGAGAGGAACAGACAAGGUGACCACUGGUUGGGGUUCCAGCGUUGGUGCAGCCCGUGGGGUUCUCAGUCUGUGCCAGCUCUCCUCCAGAAGUCCCCAGGUCCCACCUGAGCUUCUCGCAGCCAUCCUACGCCUGCAGGGUCCACACGUCCGCAGUCACACCCACAUCAUCUGGCACUCACUGAGUCCUCCCCGAGGACAGGAGUUUUGGCCAGAGCGAGGCCACCCUGUUUCCACAGGGCUCCCUCCUGACCACAUCUUCGAGCUGCCUGCUGUCACAGUGAUGCUCUUAUCUUUGCACCUGAGUGAGGCGCAGCACAGAUAAAGCAUUUCUCGUGGGUCCACUGCACUGGGGAGGCCAGCGAUGCGCAGUGCCUCUCUCAGCAUCCAUGGCACCCUAUGGGGAGUGGUGCCCUCCCGCUUCCUGGCGGUGUCCAUGGCGGUGGACUCCCCGCUGGCUCUUAUCUGGACCUGCGAUGGCUCUCUGUCUCUGUGCCCGUGACAAUUUCUUCCUUGAAUGCACUGGUUUGUCCCCUGGGAAGCAUUCCGGUGAACGGGUAACGUCUUGUGAACUUUUCUCCAUCUGGUAAUGCUAUUAGCAGCUGGAUAACGAGUGGAUUUGGGGAUGUCUGGCUCUGUGCUGGAUUUGCGGCAGCUCUCUUGGCACUGGGCGUGCUGCUGGUCCCUGGAGCUGUCUUGUGGCUCCUGCAUGAGGAGUAUUUUCACUUGCUUGUGGGACAUCUGGGCUGCCAGUGCCCCAGUUCUGUGUGAGGUUCCCUGUCCUUCCAGCUGUGGAUGCCCAGGCGUUUUGGUGUUGCAGAGAUGUAGGGAGGGCACUGGAGGCAAUUGUAAAUGCCCAUAAAGGAAGAUGAUGUCCUGGAGCAGGACACAGAUGCCUCAGAGGCAAGCUAAGGGAGGUUUGUGCUCUGCAUGACCGUAGGGCUUCUCAAGAUGUGGUCCUCUGACCACAAUCUUUGUAUUGCUUUGCCAGCAGUGGCUUCACUGGAAGCCUUCAUCCCAGCCCAGUGGGGCCUGGUUUCUAGAGUGGGGAUCUCAUGGGGUGACGAGGCAUUAGAGAUCUUCCGUGAAGGAAUAGGGUGGAGGGGGACUAGCCCAGAACAGUUCUCUGCAGCUGCUCUUGGUUGGCGCAAGGGGACCUCUGCACAGUCCAUCCUCUGUCCUCUGCUCUUCUCCAAGAACAUUUGGUGCAUUAGCUUCAAAGGAAAAGCAAAGAAACAUCUCCCCCUCCUGCUCCCCCUCCCCAUUAUCUCCGUGUGUCUUCCACUUAUAAACAGCAGUGGUAAUUUUUGGCAAGGAUGCUGCAGCCAGUGUCGCAGAGGCUGUGGGGCUGAUGCCUUGCUGUGCAGGAGCUGUGUUGGUUGGAUGAGACCGACCUCCUCCAGAUGGAGGCAGGGCCGCUGGCAGCCUGCUCUCCUGCUGCACGGCACAGCCAGGUGCCCCUGGCUUCCCACAGGUGCAAGCUGAGCUGCUCGGGCUGUGCAGAGCUGGCUGGGGCAAACCGCCGGCGGCGUGCGGCAAUUACACUGGCGCGCCUUCUGCCUCCUCGCAGCAGGAACAGGAAAGACCUUGGGGUAAUCCAGGAGGCUCUGUGGGCCGAGGGGGUUUGACACACACAGGGUGAUGCUGGCUGGCAAGAGGAGCCAACUUGGCCUGGUAUUUCCAGGGAUUUCCCCUUUGCGGUAUUACAGGCUUGCCAGCAAUUCUUCAUUUUGAAAAGACGCCCUGCAGGGCUGUGCUGGGGUAAUGCUGACGCUUGCUCUUCCCAAGGCGCUCUGACAGUCACAAACAGGACUUCUCAACCCUCAGCCAAGCAAAGCUCUUUCUCAAACUCAGGGGCAUGCCACUGCCCAUGGGACGACCACUGACAGCACACGGCCCUGAGACCAUUCCCUCUUUCCCUCUUGACUGUCUCUCUGCUUUGAUUCACCCGGCAUUGCACACUGCAGUGCACAGACCGAAAUCUGGCUUCUCAGUCCUUCUCUCUUUGGGUCACCCUUCGUAGCAUCACAGAAUCAUAGAAUGGCCUGGGUUGAAAAGGACCACAAUGCUCAUCGAGUUUCAACCCCCCUGCUAUGUGCAGGGUCACCAACCACCAGACCAGGCUGCCCAGAGUCACAUCCAGCCUGGCCUGGAAUGCCUCCAGGGAUGGGGUGCUCUUCUGGGAUGUGCAGGGGUUGUGCUCGGGCUUCGCUCUGGUACGCAGGGAACGUGAUGCUCACUCUGCAGAGGGAUGGUCUUCUGCACCUGUCUGCAGCACCUCUCAGUCACUGCAGGGCAAAGUUACCGAGGACGACAAUAAGGAAGACAAAGCAGCAGCAACUCACAGUGCCUAUGGUAUUUUUAUGACUGAAUUUGAGGCAAAGGUUCCAAGGAACCUGAUUAGAUAACUUCCAGGAAAGCAGGGGGGGCUGAGGAGCUUCAUCUUGUUCUUCCUCCCACAGCCCCCAGUGCUGUGCGUGAACAGGGAGAGCAUUGGGGAGGGAAGGGAGGUUUGCCGUGGCUGCUGGGUCGUGGUUACACAGGCUUUUAGAAAAGCAUAGCUGCCAUUGCGCCCCAGUUGCUGGUAAAGCUGCAGCGCUCCUUCCUAAGGAACCUCACACUGGCUUUGUUGAGAAGGCUGUCUGAUUAUAUGAAAGGUGCCGGGAAGGACCAAUCUCCCUUUUUGAUCCUCUGGAUUCUUCCAUUCGAUCUGGCCCGCAGAAACAGCCUGUGCUGGCAGAGAAACAGUGGGAUAACAGGCACAGAAAACCCAGACAGCUCUUUAAUUGCAGCAGACAAAUAGAAGAAGUCAAAGAUUGUCUUGCUAACAUCUACUUAAACGUAAUUAGUUUACAUUAUUUUUCUCUGCCAUUUUCUCUAAUUUAAUUUGGAUACCAAAACACGCACGCAGUGGAACAAAAGAUCAGAAUAGCACUGCUUCAUGUUCAUGUUCUCAUUAGUCCCAGCUCCUCCUGUGCACAGAGGCUUUUCUCCUUAGAGUCGGGGAGGAUCAGAGCCUCUCGUCCGACACCUCCCACCCGCAGCCAAAGUGGUGGCUCACGUUUCCCUCCGGUUUUACAGAGGUCUUGGUGUCAGUAACUGAUGCCUGAAGCCUCAAUUGAAAAGAUCGAUCUUGCUCGUGAUAGCUUGGCAUCUGACAUCCUCCACAGAAAUCGAUAGAAGUUUAGUGCCCCGCAGUCUUAAAAAUCAUGGCACGUGUCAAAAGGCUGAGCUGGGGAUUGGAAAGGCUCCGCAGUCCUGAUGGCCCUGACCUCACGGCCCAUUUGAGACCCGUGCCCUCCACUGGACACUGGGUCCUGUGCUAUGGCUAUGCAGUCUGUCAAGCACUGCAAAUUCUUGAAGCAGGCAAACGCAGCACUUCACUGAGCCCUUGUAAGUAAAUGCUCAAGUGGGAGCGUGAUGCUUUCACCUCCGUUGGCAUCCAGGACCCAGCACUGCGGCCAGCGUGUGCUGGCUGCACACUGAGGUCCACAGGUGCAUCUGGAAAGGGCCUUAGCAGCACUGUUUGCUUCCUUGUAGCACCUCCGCCACUGGGGAUUUGCAGGAGUCACCUCAUGGCCCAAGCUGACCUGACACUGGGACUCCAAGCAGAUGUUUGGGUUAGGUGCCCUGCGAAGUCCCUAGAAGCCUGAAGUUGUCUGUAACUGUAAUGGCAGCAAAAGAGGAAACCUGGCGAUGCAAUUAGGAAAGAAAAUUCCACAUAGUUGAAGCAAGAAAGCCCAUAGCUAAAGCCCACCUGGAAAGUCUGCUUGGGUGCCCAUCUCCCACACGCCUUUAUAAGUGUAUUGCUGAGUGUUAAACUUGAGCCAAACCAACUUUCAGCUACAGAAAACGUGUCUUCUUUAUGGGUCCUUUCCCUGGAUGGAGGCAAAAGAUCAAAGGACGUCCUUGAGAAUACUGUAGCAACCCUCGGGGUUUCAAAGUCUGUUUCAAUAAACCUCCUGAAGCCCCUUUUAUUGCUGGCCUGGGGAAUCUUGCCAUUGAGAGGUUGCUGCUGGUGCCCAGCCCUCUGUAGGCCAAUAAUGCAACAGGACUUUCUGAGCUUAAUUAAGAUGAGAUCUUUUUGAUGCGUAAAGAGGAAACCAAAGUGACAAUUCCUUACCUUCUCUGUCUUCCCAUUUUGAAGGAAAAAGCAGAGAAACCCACGUUGCUAUCUCGUGUACACAGUUUUGUGUUAUUGCAGAGGAGUUUUCAGGUGUCCUACCUAUUCUUCCUUCCCUGUUGGCAUGACUUACAACACGAGCAGUCUCCGUGGUUUCCAGACAGCUUGUAAUUUAUGCAUUAAAAAAACAUAAUAAAGGGGUGUUUGGCACAGGCUCAGCUGUGAGGAUUUGGAAGAUGAAUGGCGAAGAGACCAUGUGUGGCACUGGAGGGUCUCAGGAACCUUCCGCUGCCAUGUGGCUCUGUUGUCGCGGCUGCCACCGGCAAUACAGGCAGAUGUCUUCAUGGUGUCUUUUGGUAUGUUGCCUCAAACUCCUGCGGGAAGAGUCUUUGCAUCUUUGUUUUCAGCUCUUUCUAAAAUCCCGUGACUUUCUUUAGUCCUGUGUCUGCCUAUGCUAUCGUCUGCUCUCCUUCCUGCACCGGGAGUUGGGAGGGCACAGAACCAGACAGCUGACAUGAACUGGCCAAAGGGAUAUCCCAUGCCGCAUGACGUCGUGCAGAAGAAGCUUGAAAAUAGCUGGCAGUUGGUUGGGUGGGCAGCCGCUGCUUGGGGACUGGCUGGGCAGCCAUCAGCAGGCGGUGAGCAAUUACUUGUACAUCACUUGCUUUGUAAAUGUAUAUCCAUUAUUACUCUUAUUUCUCUCUUUUCUGACUUAGCUUUUAACUGAAGUUCUAUGAAUGCUACCUUUUUUCCCCCGUUGUCUCCCCCGUCCCACUGGGAGAGGGGAGCAAGCAGAAGGCUGAGUGGUGUUCAGCUGCUUGCCAGGUUAAACCACAACAGUGAUGCAGGAGAAAAGGCAGUGAGGGACUUGGAAAAAGUGAGCCUGAGAGGGGAUAUGGCAUAUGGCCUUUGCCGUAUGGUAGGAUGAUGGGAUGGAGAGUUCAGAUAGGGAGUGAUUGUUCCUCUGUUUAUCACUGCUCAAGAAUUACAGGAUACAGAUAAACUCACUGACACAGGAUGUUGAGGAUGUGUUUCGGGAAAGGCCGUUAGAUGAAUCUGCAGGCAGAAAAUCCAUUAGGGCUUGUUAAACAGACAGAUAAGCCCUUGGCUCAAAAAGUCCCCAAGGCACAGAUGCCCAGAGCUGACUCAAAGGCAGGGAAAAAACUGUUGCUUUAGAUAUCAGCCAAGGUGGAGAAAUAGGCUGGUUUGAAAAGUGGCAGCCACAGAGGGAGGGAUGGGGAGAUUGUAGGGUGGGACUCAGCUGGGACAUGGAGAUUGGGCUGGGCUGCUCCUUGGCUGGAGGAAGGGAGGCUGCAGAGGGACAGAGAUGGAAGGUAUUAAAUCUGGUACUGGAGGGGAUGUGCGAAGAGAUGGGAACAGGCAGGAAUGAAGCAUGUCGGAAAUUAACCACUGUAUGGGAAGAGAGGCUGAUCUUCAUUGCUGAUAGAUGGGACGUGUGAAGAGUGGGACGGUCACAGAGGAGAGCAGUAGCUGUGGGGUGAUAUGGAAGAAAAAAUGAUCAGAGAUGGAGGUACAUCCAUAAACAGUGUCAAAAAGAGCAGUGCUUGGAGGAGGGGAGGUCAAGAAAAUCGUCCCAUGUGAAGAUGGGCAAGGCUGAAGAACAGAGAAGGAGCUCCUCUGAUUUCAUCUGGAGUGAAUUCUGCCUGCAUGUUCCAACGCUGCUUUGCAAUGCAAGCUGGAGUGCAGCAAACGUGGAGAUUUGCUUCAAACGGGUGCUCAUAGCCUGACCCAAACACCAGUCCUGUGCCUGCUCUGAUGGAUUAGGUUCAGAAAAAUACUCCUGGUUUCCCAGGCACCGUGCAUUUGCCAAGCCCAGUGGGUGAGUGAAUGGGCACAGAGUCUCGCUUCUCUGGCAGGGAAUGCAUCAGUAGUCCUUCCACUUAGCCAGCAUAAAUCAAAGCUAGAGUAAGAACUGAAAAGAGCAAAAAGCAGACUAGCUAUCCUUCCUCUAGAUGGCAAAUUGAUUUUCAGGCUUGUGAUGUGGUAGUAGAGACCAGUGGCCUUUGCCUCUGCUACAGCUGCCUUUGCCACACACUCUUGCUGGCUUGUCAUGCCUCAGAUAAAUGGGACCUACCAUUAGAGAGCUCAAAAGUGAGUUAGGAAUUUUCCAGAGAGCAGGGAGAUGUCAAUUUUGAUUCAAUCAGCGAGUCCAAGAGAAAAGCCUCAGCUGGAAUUAUAAAGCAUUUCCACAGGCAGUGCUUAUGUGUGGGGCAGCACCCCCCACUCCCAUUUCUGGGGACCCCUACGUGUUUUUCUAUGUAGAUGAUGCUGUAAGGGUGGGGAAGAACUCUGCACCUCUGGGCUUCAGAGAAGACCUCUGCUGCUGCUGACUGCCUCUCAGUGAGCGAGGUCCUGCUCUCACCAUUCCCAGUGGUGUUGGGGACGUUCCCCAUUGCUGCUGGCUGCAUGACUAGGAAACCCAUGGCAGGUUCUUCUAAAUCCCAUGGCAGUAGGUAGGUACCUGUAUCUGUUGCUACCACACAGAUGCACCAAUAGCAGCAUACAGCUCCUGGGAAGGCAGUUACAUAGCCAGACUCUUCUUGGCAGUGCCAGCAUAGCAAGGGGAAAGGAUGCGGGCUGCAGCUGGAGAGAAGCAGGUCAGGCAAUGGAGAAGGCUUCUUUCCCAGGAUGGUGGUGCAGCACUGGGGUCAGGUGCUUGGAGUUUCAAAGGCUUCACAUCCGCCCUUGUUUAGAGCUAUGGACAGGUUUGCUGUGAGGCUAGACUGGAGACCUGUACGUUGUCCACUUGCACCUGUGCUUGUGCUUUCCUGCCCAGACAGACUUAGCCAGGUCAGCACCCCAGCUCUGUAGCAGUUUCUGUUUCACCUGGCUGAUCACGCUCUUAGUUUCUCCAGGUAACUUUGCAGAUGAGAUCCUUAAGGCCAAGCUUGGUCUUGCUGACCAGAAUCUCAUCAUGUCCUGCAAACGUCACAGCAUGUAGACUGGUUAGAUUGUGGUUCCAUUAGUUCAUAUGACAUUUAAGGGGUGUAUCUUCAGACAUCCACGUGAAGUGUGAGUUCCAGCUCCCAUGGAACUCAAGAGAAACAUCUGUGCUUGGUGUCCUUCCACUGCCUCACCAUCCUGCUGGCCACUUCAGGCUUCUAAACGUAUCCAGGUCCUGGCGGCACCCACAGCUCUUGGACUAGGCAGAAGAGGUGUGGGAAGGUCCCUCACCAGCACAGUGGGCUCCACAUGGACUCCUUUAGGAAGAUAACCAAGGCCUUGGUGUUCCCUGAAGGCAACCAAAUCCCCCAAACCAGAGAUGGCCUUGCUGAAGAGAAAGCCCCCCUGCACUUUGGCAUACUGUCGUGGUUUGACCCAGCAGGCAGCUCAGCACCACACAGCUGUUGGCUUUUUCUCCCUCAGUGGGAUUGGAGAGGCAAUUGGAAAGAAACAUAAAACCCAUGGGCUGAGGUAAGGACAGUUAAAUAGGACAGAAAAUAGGAAGAGAACAAUAAUAAUAACAAAUAUAAGGAAUAUACAGAGUAAGUGAUGCACAAGCAGUACUAGAUCCUAGAUACAGGGCGGAAAUUUAACUCUAUCCCAGCUGAUGCACCUGAGGUACCCAUGUGCCAUAGAAGUCAUCAAGCAUACUUAGACCUUAUGGUACAGAGCAGUGGGAUCAAGUGUCCUUACCUUGUCAUACAAGAUGGCAGGCUGCUGGACCUGACUGUGUAUUUUCAAUGGUGAACUGAACUUUGCCCCCCGAAACUCAGAGGUUGGCUUGGCCUUGGGCAGCAGGAAAUUUCUUCCUGCGAAACCUAAGAGUGAGAGUUUUGGUCUUGGGAGAGGCUGCUGAGUGUGCAGGUCAGAUGAUGAGUUUUUCAAGGCUGUCCUAUGACAGUAAAUGUGGCAAUGUCUCUUAAAAGUUUACGUGUUUCACCUCUUCCUUUUUAUGCUGGCUUUCUGUGGCGACGGAGGGGCUUUGAGUUUUUACUGCUCUUCAGAACAGGAUUGUUGUAUUUGCUUUUCUUUUGUAACAGAGCAGAUUCUUGCCAGGGCAGAAAAGCUCCGUGAGCUGGAGUUUGCCCUCUCAUUGAAUUCAGAAGCACAUUAGUACUCACAAGGAAGCUGAUAAGCAAUAAUAUUUUCUUUGCUGCCCAGGUAACCAGUAAAGUGAAAGAGGGUAUUGUCUCUGGGGAAUGCGAGCGAGUCAGCGUUAUCUUUCUGUUGGAGUACGCAGGCUAUCUUGGAAAGCUGGAGCUGAACCCAUGGAAGCAGAGGCUUGCUCUCAGUGAGUCAGGGCCGGCUCCUGCCCUUCCUGGGAGCUCUGAUAAGUACGAUGAAAAUGAGUUGAGUUUCACGGUCAUUCUAGCUCCCAAAGAACGUGCUGACUGGCGCAGUUUGUGCCCUCGACACCUUAUCUUUCUGUCAGGGCUUUCACAGGAGAGGUAGGAAGGCAGCAGACAUGGGCACUGUGGGGACAGGGGAGGAGGCCGAACCACCAGAAACCAGUGGUGCUGUUGCUGAGUGUGGAGUCAUCCCUGGGGGAUUCUCCAUCCCUACGGGGAGGCACAAACUGGCUUUGCAUCAGCUGAGCAUAACCGCCCUCACGCUCUUCCAAAGGGUGGGCCCUGUUCUCCAGCUUGCUUUCUGAUUGACAUAGGUUUAAAAGUAGUCAUGAGACAAUUUUCUGUGGCCUGGGAGAAUUCGUGUGCAGCAGGGUGAUGUUUCGCUCCCCGUGCCUGACUUUAGGACUUCUCCACGAUUUUAGGAGCCCCAGGCUCCCUUGGCAGCCGAGUGGCUGUGAUGGUGCCACAGAUGCCUCAGGGCCCUUUGCUCCAGGGUGAAUCAUUUCUGCUGCUGAAGGGAAAAGCAGUGCUUAUCUGUAGCCUUUGCAGGGAAGUCCGAGAUUUGGCAAUAGAUCCUCUGUGGGAAAUUCCCAGCCUCUGGGCUUCCUAAGCAACCCUUCCUGGGCUGUGCAGCCUGCUUUACGCUUCUCUGUGGCCAUGAGAGAAACACAGCCCUUUGUAACCUUCAGUGAAGGUAAAUACGCCCAAAUUUGCAGCAACACUGAUAAAGUCUGGGGCCAACUGGCAAGGGAACAGCUCUUCAGUGAAGGCCAGGGGGCUCUGGUGGGCAACAAGUUCAGCCAUUCACCUGCAAGCCCAGGAGGGAGACAGGCUUCACAAAGAGGCUCUGAGAUCUCCAUCCAUGACCGACAUCUCCAUGUUGGCCUGCCAGGCUCAGCUGGACGCCUUCCUGCAUAGUGAGCCUUGCUGUGAUGCUCAGAGCUGCCACUGGGCCUCAUUUUUUCUUGUGACCCUGUCUGCUUUAUUGCUGUUGCUUUAUUUUUGCUUCUCCUGCUUAACUCAGGGGAGGCUCAAGUACGCGUUUGGUGUAAGAGCAGCAGUGCAAUAAGGAACUCGCAACCUGCUUUUCAUGAUAUGGCUUCUCUUUACAGUGUUUUGGGGAUCCCACCCACAUGCAGCCCUGGAGUCCUCCUCAGGCCCUGUGUCAGGGCUUUCCCUCUGGCAGCCCCUUGGCAGCUGCUGGAGGCUGACAGUUUUUUUCCUUGCUUUCCUCCCUUCUUCUGGGCUCUGCUGUUGGCUGUGCUGGGAUGACCCAGUUAAAAAUAACCUGGCUGAGCUAUUUGUGAGGCACGUAUGCUCCCUUGCCCAUCUCCCUGCUAUCAGAGUGAGAGAAGAACGCAGUCAUGCAGUACUAAUGGGUGGCAGAGGUGGAAGUACCACGGGCAGACGUCACCUUUGGAGAGUUUCUAUCCUACACCUCACUCUGCACUUCUGCCUGCCUUGGGAAGUCUGUCGUGGCUUCCACUGCGACUGAACACAAAUGCAGCUGGAAGCCCAUCCGGGAAGGUUAUACUUUGGGUUUCUCUCUCUCUGCUCCUCAUUGCAGAGAACACUUUCAUUUCACUCCUGGCAUACGUGCUGAAAAUUAUUCUGAGGUUUGUAACACUUGGUGUAUCUUCUACCAUGAAAAAAAAUCCACACCAUGUGCGUUUGGCUGCGUCCUGUGUGCUGGUUAUGCCCCUGGGCUUUGUCAGGCUGCCCUGGGCCCUACACUUGAAGGAUGCUGCGAGGUGAUGUGGCGCCUGUCUCACCUCUCCAUCUCACCUAAUAGGCCCAUGUGUGCUUUGGGCUCCUGCUGGCAUGGAGGAGGACUGGAUGUGCCUCCUCCCAGGUGUCCGGGCCUGCACACGCUUGGAAACACGAGGCACACACUGAAAACGUGCUCUGUGAGCUUCUCCUGAGCAGAGUCAGGAAGGCUCACACCUCACUAUCUCAUGAAUGAGGAAAUAACUCGUUUCCCUCUUGAGUAAUUUCUGCACCUUCCAGUUCAUGCCCUCCUUGUGCAAUGCUGAUACUGCAGGCAGAAGCGUUUUUUCACAGCCAGGUUUCCAGGCACUCUUAUUUCAGCAUUUCUGCAACACUGGAGAACUGCUGCUGUUUUGCAGUGCGAUUUACAGUUGGAUGUUCUGAUGCAAGACAUGCAUCUCAGGAACACCGUCUCCCCCGGGAUCUCGCCAGCAGUUGCCCCUUUGCCCCACCACCACGUCUGGAGACCUUCGACCACUCGCACCAGCAGCACAGCCUCUCUCCAGCCUCUAGCCUGCGGGCUGGGCAGCUAGCUGAUAGGAGGCGAGAGAAGCAAGUCCCGGGCUUGAACGUGGCUGUGAGGAGGCUCUUUGCCCGUCUUCCUCCAGCAGCUGGGACGGGGAUGCUCUGCAGCAGUGGGAGAGGCGCUGUGCCGGGGGGCGCCCGGCCUGUCUGGGAUGGACGGGGAGCUCAGGCAGGCAGGGCCGCAGAGCCGCCGUGCUUUGAGGCAGCGGGGCGGGGGGCGAGGGGGGCACGUGUCGCCUUCCAGGAGCGCACCCAGCCCUUAAUCUGAGCCCCUUAGCGGUGGGGUGUGGAUCUUUAAGAACAAAAGGCGAAGAAAGGCGAUUGAUAAAAUCAGGGCCCGUCGCGGGAUGGCUGAUUUAAUGGCUGGUUCCCAGCUGGCUGGGCUGAAAGGCUUCCAGCCAGGGUGGCAGAUAGGGUUGUUUUCCCUAGAACAUCCCUCAGAGCAGCUGCGAAAGGGUCCCACUGCCCGGCAGAAAGGCGUGCUGAAAGGUUUUUAUUUGCUGCUGUGGAUUGAUUGGAGUACAGAUGCUCUGGAGGACGCUCUGCAUUAUUCAUGUGGUAGAUACCUUCGCUAAAAGCUAAUGCACAGCCUGGAGGCUGUGGGAAGUGGUGCAGCCCUUUGUGUGGUUUUGUCAAUUCACUGGAAAGCCCGGCCUACAUUUAAGCAUUUUUUUUCCCCUUCCUUUUCUUUUUUUUUUUUUUCUUUUUUAUGAAUACGGGGAUUGAUAAAGCCAACUGGGGACUGUGAGAUCACUUAGCUGAUGGCUCUCCUCCUCCGUUCUUGUUUACAAACAACGACCUGCCGGUUUUUUAAAUUCUAAUUCUUUUUCUUUUUUUUUUUUUUGGAACGCACUGUUCAUAUAAAACUUCUGUCCAGGCUGGUCCUGUUCGUGAGACUUCACCUGUAGGUUGGUUUUCCCGUGGCACAGGGCUUACGCUGCUCCCCUGAAGGGGCUCAAGUGUCUGAGGUGAGGCAUGCACGCCAAGGCAGGCUUUGAAAACUGAGCAUUUGCGGUAAUGGAGCCCUGCACAGAGCUCCGCAAAUGCAUAUGCAUCAGUUUUAUCUGUGCGAAUUCCCACCGGUGAGCGUGGAUGCUGGGGCACUCGGCUCCAGCAGCAGCAGAGCCACGGGAGGCAGCGUCUGCCUUUCUGCUUUGCGGUGGGGGACCUCAGCAGGGCCACGCUCCAAGAUCCGGGUCCCCUUCUUGUGGGAGGGGGCACAGCUGUGGCAUUUGUGCUUGUCCUUGGAGCUUGUCCUUGGCGCCUCUUUCAGAAGCAGCUCUGCACUGCGCUGAAAGCCUUGGAGUCAAAGACAAACAGUGCUUUUUCCGCUUGCACCACGUCUGCUGUGGGGGGGACCUUGCGGUCAGCAAGGUGGGUAUGGUUCCCAGUUGUGGACGCUGGCAGCAGAUGCUCUGCUCUGUGGGCCGGAUGCAUAGAAAGCCAUCCUGGGAACACACCUCAUCCUGAAGCUCUCUUCUGUGUCAUUUACCACCUGGCAGCCAAGUGACAGCCCAGACUGCUCUGAUCCCUACCGAGCCGAGGCGUGCUGGUCUGGGCUUUCAUCUGGGGACUCGGAGAGGACAAACCCCAUCUCCAGGGCAAUGUCCAUACAAGCAGGGCUGCGGGAAAGGAAACUGCCCCUCCUUGCCCUGUGUUAGGGGCAGCUGAGCUGUGCACCGGGAAGUGAGAACUAUUUUAUCUGCGCCGUUUAUUGCUCUCACGGCAAUAAAUCUGUAGCCCCUGGGUUUCUAGUGGUGUUAAAACAACACGUACAGAUAACAUUUAGGGCUUCAGAUUGCUGCGUGAUCGACUUGGGAUCCAAAGUAACUUUUCCCAGAUACGUCCUCCUUGGCAGCUUUAUUGAGCAGCAGAUGUGGAAUUUGUGCAGCACGGUCUGCCCAGGAUACAAACCCUGAUAAAACAUCUUGUAAAAAGCAGGAGAGCACACGGGACCUACAUGGUGGAUGGCUGCUUACUUGCAAAAGCAAUAAAUUUCGCAGGAAUCCUUCGGUUUUCUAUGUUGGAAGAGAGUCUUCUCCAGUAGCUGUUACCAUCAUUGCUUUCUUAUGCAGAAGGAGACAAUUCUCGUGUGAAAAUAAGUGGGGAAAGUGGAAUUGAUGGGGGAUGGUCUUAUCUGCUGAGAUGCAAAGUAUGAUCUGUGGUAGCUGUCUGGAUUUCUAGAGCUUUCUAUAGACUGCGAGGCACCUUUAGCUGAUACCACUUUCACUUUUCCAGUGAAAAAAGCUGAAGCAUGUACUUAAACUAAUAAAGCCAGUGGUGUUGGUGGUCAGGUUAGACUUCAUCCUGGCACAAAGAAACUAAUCUAGAAGGGGAUCUUCUUACGGUGGAGAAGGCAAAGACACUCUUCAGCUACUUUUUGCCUGUAGAUAUGUAUGUCUGCACAGGGGCAUUUGUUUGUUGGUGUGCUGGGCAAAACCCAGCGCAGACAGAGGUGUAAUGCAGCCUCUCCUGCACGUCACUGCAGCCAUGACUUUCCGGCAUGGGAACAGCAAGAUUUUCUGUAGUACUUAGAAGACGUCUUGUGACAGGAGUCCUGGCUCUCUGUUUUGUAAUCUGAACUCCAGGGAGUUGCUCCAGAUCUCCAGUCACAGACAAGACAAGAGCUCUCCCCUGCAGAAGACAAGAUUGAUCUGCUCUUGUGAAAUGGCUGAUGACACAGAUGUUUGGUGUGCUGGACCUGGAGCUCAGUCUGAUGUACUGGCAGAAAAACAACAACAGUUUCCAAAGACCCAUGAGAAAAAAAAGCAUGGAAGUAAUGGAGAAUUUGCACCUUUCUGUGCCACACUGCCACGAACAGCAAGCGCUUUGCUGUCCCACAUGCCAUCCAGCCCAUCCGCUGGUUGCUCACCCAUCAGCUCUGGCAUGCCCUACUAUCACCCCAUCAGCUUGGUUCUGGCUGGCACGGCUCACAGAGGCUGACAAUAUUGUCUUCUUGGAGGGAUGAACUCAGAACCCGCCGAAACCUGGCUGAAUUCCUCUGCAAUGCUAGGAAGGGAGAAAUUGGAAUUUGGGCCUCCAGUGGGGCAGAUUAAGUUAGGCUGUGUUCAGGGCUAGUGUGUGUGGACCACGCUCAGUGUGGUCUGCAGGGUCCAGGUCAGGAACAUGAUGUCUUUGAGGACACUAAAGAGAGUGGAGCAGAGACUCUAGCUCUAGACAAAGGGAACUGUAAGCCUCUCCAUAGCAAGAAUGUCAGAGCAACAUGAAAAAGGGGAACACCUGGGAGGGACUGUGAACGGAAGAAGCAGAAUGAGCAUGGCAAUCUAAUCAUGUCAACCCACUCUAAUUUCCUCUCAUGAAGGGUGGUAAGCCCAGCAGACAGUGUAAAAGCAGGGCAUGUCAUUUAUCUUGGCUUCAGCCCAGUGUUCAGUGCUGCUGCAUGUAAGCAAGUCGAGGGGACACACAUUAUAUACACUUGUCUAUGAUAAGAGAGAUGUAAAUCUAGUGGAGGAGCUAUACAGCAGCUUUUAUGUGGGUGCAUGAUCAAAACGGGAGAAUUCAUUGAGAAAAGCUUUGCAGGGUUCUCCCUGUCAUCUGAAGCUGUUUGAUAUUUUUGUUAGUGUUAGGACAAAGGAGAAAUAAGCAGGAAGCAAGAGGAGCAGGAAGGCUGCAGAAAGCAGGUCUCUGGUUUGAAACUGCCUUGAUGAGCUGCAGGUACAGCACAGGAAAAAUAGGAUGCAGCUGAGUAGUGACAGGUGGAUGUAUUUGGAUGACAUGAUGCAGGCAGACUCAGAGCAAUCCUGCAGAAAGGUGUCCAGGGGCUGUGGUUCAUCCUAUACUGAGCAGAGCUCAAUGACACGCUGCAGCAAGAUACUGAUAAACAUGAACAGGAAAGAAUCUGGUAAAUUAUAAAGAAACCACGUGCUCAUCCAUGUUAGUAAAAUAGAAAUAUGCUAGCUUUAGGUGCAACUGCUCUGGAAGAAUACAGAUCAGCUGGGAGAAAGCAGAAGCAAGGAAAACAAAUUCAUCAGCUCUUGAGAAAACAUGGGCAAUGGCAAGAGAAUGAGGUAUAUCUGGAGAAGUCUGAAAAGCUGUGUGUCAGAUGCACAGGAAAGCUUGCUGCGUGAAGGGGACAGUCUUUUCCCUGUGAGGUGGCUGAAUAGGAUAAGAAGCAAAGGACACGGUUGCACAAAAGGAGAUUUAGCUUUGAAAGCUCAGUAAUAUUAAAGGCAGCUGAGAACUUCUAUAGGAAGCUGCUGCUCUGUCUGUCACUGGAGGAUUUUAGAAAAAGAGCCUGCAGCACUCAAAAAGUGGGGGCUUCCCGUUUUUCACAAAUCCUACCAAUUUAAGGAGCUUCUGUCUAACCUCGUGCUGCUUGGUUGUUUUGGUGUGGAACUGUAGUGGGUAUUGGAAACCUGAACACACAAAGAUUCUGAUGUUUGUUGGCACAGUUUGGCAUGUGAGGCCAGGCUAGGAUUUACAAAAGCUGUGCUGACUCUCCCUCUAUCUCACUUUUUUCCUGUGUUUCCACCAACUUUAUUCUUUUUCACUACUUUGAUCUCAUUUUCCUCUUCCCAGCCUUCCCUGAAAACCUAACAUCGCUUUCCUUCUUGUUUCAUGAAGCUGGAUUUAAAUGAGGACGUGCUGCAGUUCAGCUAUUUUUGUUGCUUUCAGUCACCUGGUUGAGUUGUUACAGCUCAUCUUCCUUCUCCUAAGCACUGCUGGCCUGAUGAGUCCCCCCCAGACAGUGUCCUGUAACAAAAACUUCUCCCAUGUUCUUUAUGGUGAAUGCAUGUAUAAAUUUCUGGUCUGCUUUCACUCUCACCGUGCACAUUUCACAGUCACAGUAUGGCCAAGGAUGGAGAUACCUGGUCGGACCCAGUGCCAGCUCAGUGCAGGGCUGCCUGCAGCACGAUGCUCGGGACAUUGUCUGGGUGUUGAGGAUGGGGCGCAGACCCCACAGCCUCUUUGGGCAACCAGUUCAGCUGCUGGACAACUCCCACACUAAGAGAUUCCUUCUUAUGUCUGACCGUGUGCUGGAAGUCAGGCUGAAAGACCUGUGCUUGCCUGGAUCCUUCUUGAAAAUAGGAAUAUUUGCCUUCUUCAGUCCUCCGGGACAUCUCCCAGUUGCCAUGACUUUCCAAGAAGACCAGUGCUUACCUUGGGAUGACGUGACUGGCUCCUUCAGCUCCCAGGGUUUGUCCCUUCAGGCCCUUGUGCGUGUCCAGUCUGUUUAAUUGUUCUCCAACCCAAUCUUCCUCCACCGAGGGCAAAUCUUCCUUGCUCCUGACAUACUCACCAGUCUCACGGGCCUUGGGAUUGCUGAAGAUUAGUUUUACUAGCAUAGUUUGAGAUGAAUGCGUUUGAUACCUCAGCUUUUUUUGGAGUUUGUUCUCACCAAGUCUUCAUUGCCAUGCCUCAGCAGGCUCACGUUUUCCACAGUUGUCCUUCCGAUUGAUGGUACCUGUAGAAACCUUUCUUGUUGCCAUUCGCACCCCUCACCAGAUUCAACUUCACUUGGGCUUGUGGCUUUCCUAAGCCCAGCCUUAUGUGCUUAGACACUGUCAUGGUAUUUCUCCCCAGUUAUUACUUCCAUUUCCUGUGUGCGUCCUUUUAAUGGCUGAGAUUUGUGAGAAAGUUCUAGUUUGCAAUGCAAGUCAGUGCUGGUGACUUUCUGUCUUCUCUGGACAAAAGAAAACAUUUACGCUGACUUUAAGAGGGGAGUUGAAAUGCUGGUGAUCUGCCAUGGCACCUGCACAUUUCUUUUGCAACAGAGAGCAGACUCCUUGGUACCAGAGUAAUGGAGGAUUCAGAGGUACUCAUGCAGUGCCUGUUGCUGCUGUUGCUGGGGAGAAGAUAAUGUGUUAAACUUGUAGUCGGUUCCUAGCAAUACUUCUUCCAUACUGACAGCAGCACGUGUCACACAGAUUCACCCAGAGCCUUUCACACCUGAAGGUAAAGAGUGCUUAAAAUGUGAAGGGAUAGCGUGACCCUGUGAGCACAGCAUCGGGGUGGCUGUAUGAGGACUUUGCUUUGAUUUAAUAAUGUACAAUUUCUUGGAAGGAGCUUAUAAUAAAUAAAGUGUGCCUGAGCAUGAGAGGACGGGAGAGAGGAGCAUUCACAUUUAUGAUAGAGACCUUUAUCAUGGGGAAGCAACAGCUGCUAAUGGGAUGAGAUGAGAAUGGUCCAAAGUCAAUGGAUCCAAGGAGUGCUUUUGCAAAGCCUUUGCCUGCUCUUGCAACAAUCUGACAGCACAGUAGCUUCCUUGGUAUUUUGAGGGGUUUCCUCCAGUUUUCUUGCAGCCCACAGACCAGGGACUGCCUCUCCUCCUGCCUGGUGGCACACAGGAUGUGAUAUUUGUGAGCAGGUCUGUAUCGUUAGUGAUCCUUUCAUUAAGUGACUUACAGCAUGACCCAGCUGGCUUUCCCUGGGCUGCUGGCACGUGUCCCUGGAGCUGGAGGUAAGUGUUCCUGGAAGAACUCCCUGCUCUGCCUGUUCUCAGGCCAUGCAUGAAGAACAGUAAGCAGAAGACUGAAUGUCUUGGUGCAUGGGGGGGGGGUUGCUUUGAAGCAGGUGGUGCAAGGCUCCAGGAGAGUGAGCAGUCUCUGUCCUUCCCUCAGCAAGGCAGUGCUGGAGAAAGCUUCAGCCACGCUGUCUCUGGGGACAGCUUUGCCAGGAGCAGGGGAGCUGUUCACUAACGUGUGACAAUACUGUCCCUAUUGUUUCUGCUCAUGAAAAGGGAGAGAGGAGGGAGCAUGGUGAGCUGUAAAGGGCUGGCUGCUCCGGUGAGACCACCUGAGAACAAAGGUUGCACGGGGUGGGAUGAAUGGUGGCUGGAGCAGCUCAUGCUCCAGGAGGCUGACUGCUCGUGCCUGAGCCUGAUCUGUGCUUGCAUGAGGGAUGCUGUCCUGUCUUCCAAAACCCUUCAGGGAUGAGUGUGUCUUACUGGCAGAAAAACUGUCUUCCUACAGUGCUUGGUUUAACAACAGGAGCACGUUUUCCCACUUCCUUUUCUACUGGAGCACUUUUCAUUGUCUUGAAAGCUGGUGGCAAAGAAGGACACAAAGGACUGAAAACUGAAACCCAGUGCUGUUCCUAGACGUUGGCACUCCAAACUAGUGCAAGCAGGCACCUUUCCUGCUGCUUGCUUGUUUAGUCAUCGCUGCACUCCUGCCAGGGUUGCAGCCAACAGCCGUUUCUCUGCUUAGGGCUAGAAAAAGGGUGAGAAAGCACGUGGAGCAGUGUGAGGUUGAAAGUUGUAAAGCCAUCAGAAAGUAAGAAGUUCCUCUACGCACUGUUUCUCCAGCCUGUCACUUGGAGUGCUGCUGCUUAACAGCUGGGGCAGGGUCUGCGGGAACACGUGUGCUGCCCAGAGAUCUUUGCUCUGUGGGAGAAGCGUCGGUAAUGUUAUUCAGAGUAAAUAUAACGACCUGAUAUUUGUAGAGUCCUUCUCUCGCUGUUGCUGUAAUGAUCCCAGCCUAUCUGGGUGGACCUGCGACUUGGCCAAGCUUGUUUGGUUACUCCGGGCAUCUCCUGAAAGUGCUUCUGAGUCUCGCCAGAGUGCAGCGCCCUGGGGAGAGAUGUUUUCCGUGGGUGGUGUAAGAAACCCGCUGACCUGACACCUGCAGGGCUGUACCUGGCUGUACCCUGACAGCACAGUGACGGUGGGGAGCCCAGCAGCAGGCAGGGAGCCCAGCAGCAGGCAGCCCUUGGUCCCUCCGGUGCCUUGGCAUCUGCAGGGCAGCUCUGAGCUGGGGUCAGCACCCCUUCACGUGGGGCCUCUGAGACCCAGACCUUGUGCUUGGGAGGCACCCAGGACCGCAUGGGAGCAGGAAGGAGACACCUUCUGGAUUCAGUGUAAACCUGUUGGGGGACAGCGUGGAGAGUGGAGGAUGUCGUGGCACCCGCAGUACCGCAGCUCCAAGUUCCGCCAUGUGUAUGGCAAGGCCGCCAGCAAGGAGAAAUGCUACGACUGCGUGCCUAUCACCCACAGCGUCCAUGACAACCACUUCUGCGCUGUGAACCCACACUUCAUCGCGGUGGUGACCGAGUGUGCAGGCGGAGGGGCCUUCCUUGUCAUUCCCAUCCACCAGACAGGGAAGCUUGACCCACAUUAUCCCAGAAUAUGUGGGCACAAAGGGAACGUUCUGGACAUCAAGUGGAACCCGUUCAAUGACUUUGUGAUAGCGUCGUGUUCGGAAGAUGCCACCGUUAAAAUCUGGGACAUCCCCAAGCACCUGCUAACAAAAAACAUCACCACCCCGAAGAAGGAACUUCUUGGCCAUGCUCGAAGGGUUGGCCUCAUUGAAUGGCAUCCCACUGCCAAUAACAUCCUCUUCAGCUCUGGUCAUGACUACAAGAUAAUGAUCUGGAACCUUGAUACCAGGGAAGAUGUCCUGUCAAACCCAGUGAAGAUCCUUGAUGCUCACAAAGAUGUGGUCCUCUCCAUGUCAUUCAACACGGAUGGCAGCCUCCUUGCCACAGCCUGCAGAGAUAAAAAGAUCCGUCUGAUAGACCCUCGUGCAAGAACAGUCCUACAGGAAGCCAGCUACAAGGCUCACAGAGCCAAUAAAGUCUUGUUUCUUGGAAACAUGAAGAAGCUGCUCUCUACUGGAACAUCCCGGUGGAAUAAUAGGCAAAUUGCAUUAUGGGAUCAAAAUGACCUUUCUGUGCCUUUACUGGAGGAGGAUCUGGAUGGCUCCUCAGGGCUCCUGUUUCCUUUCUACGACUCAGACACAAACAUGCUUUAUAUUGUGGGAAAGGGUGAUGGAAAUAUACGGUACUAUGAGAUCAGCCCUGAGAAACCAUACCUGAGCUACCUGAUGGAAUAUCGCUCUCACUUACCACAGAAGGGAAUAGGAAUGAUGCCAAAAAGAGGCCUUGAAGUGUCAGCUUGUGAGAUUUUCCGUUUUUACAAACUGAUUCCAACCAAAAGCCUGAUUGAGCCGGUCUCCAUGAUUGUCCCUCGACGGUCAGAGUCAUACCAGGAAGACAUCUACCCCUUGACCACAGGAUGCCAGCCAUCAAUGACGGCGCAAGAGUGGCUGAACGGAGUUAACAAAGGGCCUCUCUUGGUAUCCUUGAAACCAGGCUCUGGACCAGUGAAUUCUUUACUGCAGCUUCCUGAGUCGGAGCCACCUGUGAAAAGUCCUGAUCUGAACAAGAGUCAGGGAGGAAGAAUGCCGCCAGAGGAGAUGCAGAAGAAAAGUGAGAUCAAAGACAGCAGAAACCUGCUGAAAGCGGAGGAGAGGUUGCCGAAAAAUGAGCACAUGCGUCUCUCCAAUGGCUUUGAUGUAUUUGAGUGUCCACCACCAAAAACUGAAAAUGAGCUUCUGCAGAUGUUUUACCGACAACAAGAAGAAAUUCGUAGACUACGUGAGCUCCUAAAUCAGAGAGAUGUCAAAAUUAAACAACUGGAGCUGGAGCUCAGAAAUGUCUACACGGACACAGGCAGGUACUGAAUGUGCCGGCCUGUGGCUCUUUGCACCCUCAGCAGCUGCAGCAGACUCCAUUUCUUGCAGAAGACUCCUAUUUUUUUUUUUGCUGGCGGAAAAACUGAUGCUUCAGGCAGCAUGGAUUUCCCUGACUCGUGGUGGUCACAUUUCCCUAAUCAUCACCAGACAGUUGUUGAUGGACUUGCUGUGCUUCUUCAGUCUCCUCUUGCUUGCCAAGUCACUUGUGUCUGAAGCUCAUGCAUUAAAGGUAGUGAGAGACUUUGGAAAAUCAUGCUCCUGCCCUGGAGAAGCCACCUAUUAAGCUCUAGGACCAAAACCUGUUUUGCUGCUCCUCCAUGUUACACGAUGGGAGAGUAAAGCAGCUGCUUGCUUCUUUUCCCACCUCUGACUCCAAAGUGAUCCUCGUGCUAUCUCCUGCCUCACGACUCAGCCCUGCGUCAGGGGGCUUGACAAUACUGCAGCUGCCCUCACCUGGUGCUGGGGAUAAUCCUGCUCCAUGCAGGAGGUUGCACUGGGGCUGCCAGUGCUCAGCACUUUGGCAGUAGGUGAAAGAGGGCUGCUCUGUUUGGAGAUGCCACGCAAAAGGGGCAGUGAUGCUGACUGGUUCCCACCAGCAAAGCUGCAGGUGCAACAAAGGUCUCCGGGUCCUCUGAGUCAGGGGCUUCUUUCCUUCCUUCUACCAAAGACUCCCAGCCCGCUGCACACAUUUCAGCAACGGUGUUAGAAAAGUGAUCUCAGCCACAGGUGAAUCAUGGGACCAUGGCUGGCCACAAAUAGCCCUUCCUGUUCUUGUGCUCACAGCUGCUGCCUUCUUAAUUCCCAGGUGCCAAUGCCUUGUCCUUUUCCUGCUGGGCUCCUCCUUCCAGGCUGUGCUGCCCCGUCAGCAGGCUGACCCAUCACCCCAGGUCCCACAGUUUGCUUAUCUGUCCCCUGUGGCACCAGCUUGCUGCCAUCCUUUUGCACAGGGUGAGAGCAGCUGCAGGCUUCAGGUCCCAUCCUUGUUUUCAGGCCAGCACCGGUGACCAUCUUUGUACAGGUGCUGUCCCCCACAUGGAGAGCUGGGCCAGCAUGUGGGAGCACCUGGGCUCCCCAGCCUGGUUGGAGUCCCAGGGUCUUACUUGCUCCUGAGAGGUGCGAGCUGAUGAGGCAUGGCAUGAAGAGAAGUGCGCUUUCAGCAGCCCAGAGAUAUGAAUGCUGCAGCAGCUUCCGAGAGGGAAUAAUUUUCCUUGCCCUAAAUGCAGAUCUUGUGGAGAUGUCCCUGUCCCAAAUGAAGCAAGCAAACACUGGUUAGUCUGUAACUGCACAUCUGUCAUGACACAUGUAGUAGUGAAUAGUAUGCCUUGCUGGCUCCAUGUAACCUGAUGCUUUCACAAAUAUUUUCCAUAAUCAGUCUCUUGCAGACAGCCCCCUGAUUAGGGGCUAAGCACUAUCUGUGCUCAUGUGAGACACUCUUCAGAUUCCCCAGCAGCGAGCUCAGGGGCACCAAAUGCUCAUGUGUGGCAAUCAGACUUUGGCAGCUCGUUUCCUUUACAGCAAGAAGUUCACCUGGCUUUCAAAAAUACUUAAUUCAUUUCUACAUGUCAACAACAGGUGUGGGUGCUAAAAAGUCAAAUGUUUUUGUUUGUUUCUGCUUUAUUAAGGAGAGGGUGUCGUUGUAAUGUUUUUCAGAAAAGCCCUUAGCAUCAGUCACUUAUUUGAAUAGAAUAUCCUGAGUUGGAGGAGUCUGAUAGGGUUCAUCAAUUCCAACUCCCAACUCCUCUUUAACACUACUUUUUGUAAAAAAAUAAGGAUCCAUAUUACGUUAAGAACAGCCUUGUUGAAUCAAACUUUCAUGUCCUCUGGAAUGGGCUUUCCUGCACCCUGGACACACUCUGCAGUAUGCAGUUAUAUGCAAAAACACACCACAGAUAGAUACACAGCUUUAAACCAAACACGUGCAUCUUAUGCCAGAAGUGGUCAGGCUUUCUCACCAAAGAGAACAACUAAAUAAGAGAUCUAAAAGCCCACAGUUCUCCAGCCAUGCCAAGAAAACCUGACAGCUUUCAGGCUUCAGAGCCAUGUUCACAGUGUAGUCCCAGGAAUAUGGUACUUUGGUUUCCAUGCUUUUAUUAUCAGAAGGGCAAAUGCUUGAUAUGACUUUCUCAGUCACUGUAUGUGUUUUAUCUGUUGGAUUUUUUUUCCUAUUUUUCCUACGAAAUAAAUUAUUUAAAUUAUUUCCUAGUCAAAAUAAUUUUUCCACAGAAUUUGUGCUUUCUCUUGAGGUUGCCGAGGAGGCUUUGGAUGCCCCACCCCUGGAGGCAUUCAAGGCCAGGCUGGAUGUGGCUCUGGGCAGCCUGGUCUGGUGGUUGGUGACCCUGCACAUAGCAGGGGGUUGAAACUCGAUGAUCAUUGUGGUCCUUUUCAACCCAGGCCAUUCUAUGAUUCUAUGAUUCUAUCACUGUUUCUUCAUCAUGCUAUGACUGGAUAGAAUAGAAAGUUGUCAGCCACCAUGGUUCUCAUCUUAGGGUUGUGUUGAUUUCAGCAUUUCUAUUAAAAAAAUUAUUUAGGCUUUGCUGGCAGCCUUUGAUAAGGCAAGACAAUGUAAUCAAACCACCUCUUUUAGACAGUAUGCCCAUAAAAGUGUACUCUGUGAAAUACACUUCAAUUUGGAGCUCAAAUGCAACCACAGAUCUUUCAUACAGAGAAAAAAAAAUGGAGAAAAUGUAGUUCUGGGUAAUGAACUGUGCCUAAAUCAACUUCCGUGAUCAUUUUAACAGUUUCUAAAACUCCUAACCGCUUUGUAAAAAAAAACCUGUAAAACAUGGGGAUAAAAAACAAAUUUGUGCAAUGAAAAGCAAAUAUAAUUGAAUAAUAAAUAUAUUUAGAGGUUUUUUGAUA